AAUCUAAACGGCAGCGGCUUGCGAUCGCAUCGUGCGUAGAGUUCGCCAGACUCACAAAAAUUCUGACUAAAGCAGCAUUCGUUGAGAAAAAUAUUUUAAAACUAUAUUCGUGCAAUUUGUAAACUAGCUACAACAAGUAAAUUAUCAAAAAUCUCAAUUUAUAUUUGCGUUCAAGCGACGCGCUCAAGAAAAAAAAUCACAUUCCAAAACGAACUUGUAUAUUAUUUGUGUUAAAAAUAAAGCAAAACUAUCAAAAUGGCGGCAACAAACAUUAAAGUGAUUAUGGACGAGAAUGCACAGGAGAAAUUCAAUCAUGUCCACGUGAAAAAGCUGACAGUGCCUUCAAACGAGGGAGCCACAAAACGCGCCGCACUCGGCGACUUGCAGAAUCGGGGAUUAGCUCGUGAAAUAACCACCAAAGAUGUGGCCCACAAAGAACUGAAAGAUGUGAAGCUCACGACCAAGGCUCGUGUGGACACACACUGGAAGAAGCAGCCACUGGGUACAACAAAUGGGGUAACAAAAGCAGGUAUGCCGCUGCUGCGCUCCAAUUCGAUGCGAACUGGCGCGAUUGGCACAACUACUGCUGCUGGCCGACUAGCAACAGGGACGUCAACGACAAUGGCCAAUGCAAAAGUUGCCGCCGAUGCUGCGAACGGCAAGCGUAAGUUGAAAACCCUGAGCCUCAAACACACCUCCUCCACCAAUCCUCCUGUCAUCAAAUCCCAUCCAAUCCAACGUACAGUUGCAGUAGCCGCAGCAUCCAAACCAAAAUCCAUAGGCGAUGGGGAAAAGUGCGGCAACGGUGGCAACACGCUGCGCCGCGAGGACAGCAACUUGUCGCGCAAAUCGCUGACCAAGCUGCGCGCCGCUUUGACCAAGCCCAAUGUGGCUCCAGCAGCAGCUACAGUCAAGAAAGAGGUGUUGCUGCCUCGUGCACAGCUCAAGAAGGAGUCUAAUGCUCCCGUUCAGCUGAAAAAGGAAACUGUUGACUUAGCCAGGCUGCCAAAGUUGCGCAACAACGUGCCACAGUCAACAGCAGCUUCAGCAAAAGCUACAACAACAGUGGCCCUGUCCAGUCGUCGCCUGGCCGAUGUGGAGGAUAUUGAUGCAGAUGAUCGGGAGAAUCUGAUUUUGGUCUCUGAAUACGUGAACGAUAUUUACGACUAUCUGUACGAGGUAGAGGAGCAGCAGCCCAUCUACCCGGAUCACUUGGAAGGUCAGUCUGAGGUGUCGUAUAAGAUGCGAGCCAUCCUCAUCGAUUGGAUCAACGAGGUGCAUUUGCAGUUUCAUUUGACAGCGGAGACCUUCCAUUUGGCCGUCGCCAUUAUCGAUCGCUAUCUGCAGGUGGUGAAGGACACCAAACGCAAGAAUCUGCAGCUGGUAGGCGUCUCCGCGCUUUUCAUAGCCACCAAAUACGAAGAGCUCUUUCCGCCGGCCAUGUGUGACUUUGUCUACAUUACGGAUGACACGUAUACGGCCCACGAGAUCCAGAAAAUGGAGCUGCUCAUACUCAAAGCGAUCGAUAACAAUCUGUCGCGACCAUUGCCCAUCCAUUUCCUGAGGCGCUACUCGAAGGCAGCCAGCGCUGAUGAUCGUCAUCAUGCCAUGUCAAAGUACUUCUUGGAACUGGCCAGCCUCGACUACAAUCUGGCCAGCUAUAAGCCCUCCGAGAUUGCGGCUGCUUCGCUGUUUCUGUCGCUGCACUUGCUCAAUGGCAAUGCUCGUGCUCCGACGGGCUUCAAUGACAGGCACUGGACACCGACGCUGGUGUACUACUCGAGAUACAGCGCUGCCCAUUUGCGGCCGAUUACACGGCAGAUUGCGAAGCUCGCACGCGAUGCGCCCACUGCUAAAUUGAGGGCAAUUUUCAACAAGUAUCAGUCGAACAAGUUCCACAAGAUCGCACUGAGCACGGAGCUGCGUGGUCCGCUCAUGGACUCGAUUAUAGGCAAGAAGUAGAAUGCAUCCCACUCCCCAUUCUAAAGAGAGAGCAGAAGUUGAUGAUAAUCCAUCACUUGACUUUUAGCGUACGCAGUUCUCAGUUCUGGGCUGCAAUUUUAAGUUUAGUUCAAUUUGUUUUCUAUUUAAAUUUGUGUAUUUUCUUUCUCGUUUA